AGCAGAGCAUAAUACUUUUUGGUUUUCAAUUCAUCUCUCGUCUCUUGAAAAAAACAAAACUAUUCAUUCGUUUGAAUUCUCUUUAUUCUUUAGAAUUCUCCUACCCACUUUACAUACUUUACCUACUUGUUUUUACUUUUCUUCCCACCCAUACCUUUCUUUCCCUUUCCCUUUCCCUCUUUUACCCGGUGGGUGGAUUAUUCUCUCUCUCCAUACUCUCUCACCUCUACUACCUACCGACUGCAUCACAUACCACUCCACGGUAUCCUUCGGUAUCCUUCGGUACCCCAGUCUUAUUUCAUUUACCACACUCUUCUUUUCCACACUAUCCUUCCUUGUCCUCUUUUGCUCUAUGGGGAUAUUGUAAGGGAAUCGCCACCUAAAAAAAAAAGCAAGAGAAAAAAGAAAAACCCAUCGUUCUGACUAAAGCCUAUUUGCUUCUCCGCUUUUACCCACUUUUUGUCUUUAUCCAUUCAGGUGUCCCCGACAAUCUACGUAGCUUAAUUCUCUCAUAUAAAAGAGGAUCAUUUCCCAGUCGAUUGAUUCCCUUUUUCUCAAACAUUUACAAAUAUUGGGCAUAAAACGAACUGGUUUACGGAUGAGAAUCCUUUACUAGAAGGAUAUAUUAUUUAUCUCGAAACUUUUUCUUUUUCUUUCUCUUCUUUUUUUUUUAUUUUUUAUUUUUUAUUUUUUUUGACACGAUAAGUAGUCUGGUUUUCGUCGAUAUUCCUAUCCUAUUCUAUUCUACUCUACUCUAUACUAUUACUACUACUAUCUUCUUUUACUUCUCUAUUACUUGGUCUAUUUAUUCUUAUCCUUGUCCUUUUUAUUAUCAUUUUUAUUCUUAUAAUCAGUCGCUACUAGUGCUGCUAUUAUACUAGUGCUUUACUAGUACCACCACUAGUACUACUACUACUAUUCCUACUACCGCUACUGCUGCGGUUACUGCUACUACAGUAAUACUACUACUACUACUACUACUACCACCACCACCUUUAUUACUACUUUGUGGAAAAAUCUUUGAAAAACAAGACAAGACAAAGCAGAAACGUAUUUAAUUUUUUUUUAUAAUUAAAUAUUCUUUGUCUUGAUUCUUUUUCUUUUUUUUCCUUGUUACUUUUUCCACAAUUCUAUAUUAUUGCAUUGCAUUGUGGAAACCCGCUUUGGAUCCUUUUUAACAUUUCAAAUUUAGUCGCGCGUGGUUGAUUUGAUUCCAACGAUCCUUUUAUUUCAAUUUUGAAAUCGUUAAACGCUAGUUUCACCUUUCUUUUUCUAUUUUUCUUUCUUCUCUUUUGUUGUUGUUGAUUCUUUUUUUAUAACUAAAAAGCGCAAAAAAAAAAGAUAAUUAAAAUUACGUCCCGUCAAUCGUUAAUUUUCUUUUUCUUUUUCUUUUUGGGUGUUUAGACGUUUUCGAUUUCUUUUCUCUUUUUUUAUUUUUUUGGAAACAAACACAAACCAAACCAAAAGCGAUCCAUCACACGCCUUUACCCUUUGACCUUUUUUCAUUCAAACCUUUUCUAUAUUUUACUUUUCCUUUUUCUCUUUUGGUUCGCUUUUCUUUUUUUCCUGCCUCUUCUCUUUUCGUUAAUUUAUUAACUGGCUCCUUGACCCUUUUUUAUUUUAUUGUAUUAUUUUCCUUUUUUUUUUUUCUUUUUGGCUGUAUAUUCCGUUUUCUAUUACGUCGAUCAUAAUUUAUCAUGUCCGAUUCUUCUGUCAAUACUAGCGUUGAAUCUGCCAGCGUUCCUACUUCGUCGUCUUCCCCGAAUUCUCAUGCAGCUCCCUCUAAUCCUAACUCCAACUCCAAUCCCUCUUCCAAUUCCAAUUCAAAUUCGAAUCCCAACGCUAACGCCAACAAGGCUGCCCGCACAAAUGUGAAAAACCCUGACGCUCCUCGUCCCUACAAAUGUCCUCUUUGUUCAAAGGCAUUUUAUCGCCUGGAACACCAAACCCGUCACAUUCGUACUCACACCGGUGAAAAGCCUCACGCUUGCACCUAUCCUGGAUGUUUAAAACGCUUCUCUCGAAGUGAUGAACUAACUAGACACGCUCGUAUUCACACUAACGGAAGUUCCCGGAGAAAUAAUGCAUUGGCCAAUUCCGCCAAUGCAAAACCUUUCGAUCCUUCUUCCUCCCUCCAUCCUACCCCCGACCCUUCUUCUGUCACUUCUUAUAAUUCUUCCAACAAUCUUCCUGCCCUAUCCCUACCCAACGCCCAAACUUAUAAUUCUCCAAUUCCUCAAAUUGGUGUUACCUAUGCUUCUGUCCCUAAUCCCGUCUCCACCGUCCCUGUCGCCUUCCCUUAUCCCUGCCCUGUCUCUUCUUCCGCUUCUACUCAACCUCAACAUGCUUUUGUUCCUACCUACAAUACAACCAACCAGCCUGUCGGUGCCCCCAUUUAUCAUCAGCCUCAGCCUACCGCUUUCGAUUCCCUUCGUGCCAAUUAUCCCAGAGCUCCUGCCCCUCCCUCGGCACUUCCCGGUUAUCCUCAAAAAUCAGAGUCCGACACCAAUUUGUCUUCUAUGAACGAAAUGUACUUGUUGGCUUCUGCCGCCGCUAACCAACUCGAUUCGGCUGCUGGUGCUCCAUCAAAUUCUAUGUAUAAUACGUCUCCCAAGCAACCGAUACCAGAUUCUUCCUCCGCUUCUUUGCCUUCUUUAUCCAGCUUCGCUUCUCCCACCAAGUUUCCAAAUUCGUUGGGAAAUCCCCCGCCAUCUUCUUCCGAGUCGUCUCCAAAUCACGCCGGCCUUCCAGCAAGCCGCUCUUUCGCUAACGGCUUUCCCUUAAAGCAACCUAAUGCUUCCUUCUAUUCCGGAGCUUCUUCGCACACACCAUAUUUACCACCCAGAUCCAGUAGUAGCACUUCUCUGCACUCAAUGUAUAGCUUUGUACCUAGUACACAUGCUCCCCCAUCCUUGAGAUAUGCCCACUAUAAUCACGCCCCCUAUUCUCGUCCAAGUAUAUCUGCAAACGAAGAAGAGCCCUUUAGCGGUUCUGAUUUCGCUUAUAACCGUUAUCAGCGCCGUUCACGGCCCGGUUCUCCCUGUAGUACUGCUCCUAGUAGUCCUACAUUCUCAAUCAGAAGCUUUAGCCCUACCCCUGAUGUAACCCCUUUAAUGACACCCGCUCAUUCUCCAAAAUUGAGACCGACCGACCCUGACUCUUCUUUUGUUCAGUUACCUACUAUUAGAUCUCUUUCUCUUCGCCCUUCCCAACCUCCCGUAAUUCCUCCUUUGGAGUGUGAUCCGAAUUCCCUGUCUUCCUCGACACCUUCUUCGGCGGCCGUAUCUCGUACCCCGUCUUCUGUCUCUUUGAGUGGAUUGUCGAGCGCUAGUGCAGGUGCAAAACCUUCCAAUGCUUCCAAUGUUGGACCCGUACGCAUUUCUUCAAAUCGUCGAAUACGUAAAAUUUCGUCCUCCUCUCGUUUGAGUGUGAAUAAUUUGCUGUCUGCUUCUCCGCCAUCACCCGCAUCUGCUUCUUCUGCUAAAUCAUCCUAUACUAUGCCGCCGGCGUUUUCUAUAGGACCGUUAACGCCUCUUACAAAGCAGUAGAGAUCCUGUAAUGUCUAUGCUCGAUAUGAAAUUGAAAGAUUGAGGGAAAUUUGUUAUCUACAGUUUUGUAUUUUUAUUUUAUUAUCUUUAUACUUUAUUUUUGUGGUCUUUUAUUUUAGUUGUAUUUACAUGUUUUCUAUAAUGAAUAGGGUGUUUGUCGAUUAUCAUGAAACUACUUCAGCAGUAUUAUUUAUUCUUUCG